UCAGGCACACGCCACCUCUGCCUUACUGUACUUUUCAGUACGGGAAGGUUACGUCCAGGUGAGGGACAGGAGAGACAGACAGACAGGCAGACAGACAGACAGACAGACUCAUUCGGAACCGACUGAUCUUCACCCGAUUACUGACCUCAGCCUCAGUUCAGAGCCUGUCGGUGGGAUUUCAUCGUGUCCGGCUGCAGUGGUUGAAGCUUCCGUCGUGGGCUCGGACAACGUUCAGCAGCGCUACCAUGCCGUCUCUGCGACACUCGUACACGGUGACAGUACCGGAGAAACCGGCCGCUUUCCCCUUCGACAGAUCCGAUCUGGAGCGGAAGAGUCCGAUGUUGUCCGGGUCCAAGGUGGUGUCUGCCUUCAUGGGUCUGAUCAUCAACCAGGCCAAGCAUAAGAGUCCUCAAGGCCUGGUGGGGCUGAGGAACCUGGGAAACACAUGUUUCAUGAACUCAAUCCUGCAGUGUCUGAGUAACACUCCCGAGCUGAGAGAUUACUGCCUGAGAAACAUCCAUCGCAUGGACUGCAGGACUAAUGCUGCCCUCAUGGAAGAGUUCGCAAAGCUGACUCAGAGCCUGUGGACGUCUGUGAACAACGAGGCCAUCAGUCCCUCAGACUUCAGGAGCCAGAUCCAGAGAUACGCUCCCAAAUUUGUGGGCUGCAAUCAACAGGACGCUCAGGAGUUUCUGCGCUUCUUAUUGGAUGGUCUCCAUAAUGAGGUGAACAGGGUGACAGUCCGCCCUAAGGCGUCCAUCGAGGACUUUGACCAUCUCUGCGAUGAAGAAAAAGGCAAGCGGAUGUGGAAUAUGUACCUGGAGAGAGAGAACAGCAAAGUAGUGGAUCUGUUUGUUGGGCAGCUGAAAAGCUCUGUGUCCUGCACCGUCUGUGGCUUCCGCUCCACCGUGUUCGAUCCGUUCUGGGACCUGUCGAUACCUGUUGCACAGAAGAACACAAGCGAAGUGACUCUCCGAGACUGCCUGAGACUCUUCACAAAGGAGGACGUGUUGGACGGAGAGGAGAGACCGACGUGCAACAGAUGCAACGCCAGGAGGAAAUGCACCAAAAGAUUCAGCAUUCAGAAGUUUCCUCAGAUCCUCGUGCUGCACCUGAAGCGCUUCUCAGACUCUAACAACCGAGCGAGCAAACUCUCCACUUUUGUCAACUUCCCUCUGAAGGAGCUGGACCUGCGGGAGUUUGCCUCACAGAACAACGAGCGUGCUGUGUACAACCUGUAUGCUGUGUCCAACCACUCGGGAAACGCCUUGGGAGGCCAUUACACAGCCUACUGCAGGAACCCUGCACUGGGCGAGUGGUUCAGCUACAACGACUCCAGGGUGAGCCCAGUGUCCUCCAGCCAAGUGCGAAGCAGCAACGCUUACGUACUCUUCUACGAGAUGGCCCCCACCCCUCACAGCAAAUAUCAGACCUGUCGGCUGUAGACACUGCAGAGGAGUGAUAAGCUGCACUAAACUGGGCCUUAAAAAAAAAAGGAGUCGAAUACUGCCUGCUGUGAGACAGCUCCACCUGGUGGAGGAAGUCCUGCCAUUACAGACUGUGAAUGUGGAGCACCGAGAUGGAGAGGGUGAAAACACACGCUCACCUUCCUCUCACUGUGUUUUUGACGGAAAAGGGUGGAUGUGAAGGCGCAUUUGCACUUCAGGAUUACAAACGGACUUCACAAGUUGGGUGGAACUGAAGUGAUGCUGAGAAAAUAUUCCUUCCAUUGUCAAAAGAAGUGUAGAAAUUGAGCUAAAAAUGAAACUGUGAGUCAAACUUAGAAGGCCUUUACCCCUUUGAGUGUAUUUUCCUUCUUUUUUUAAUGCACUUUGAACAUGGAUUAUUGAACUUAAGGACAUUAUAAUGUGGGGACAAUACAGAGACUUGAAAAAUGCUCGCACACCAGCUGCAAGAUAUAACUUAUUCUAUUUAAUGCCAGUAAACUUGAUGUGCAUACUGUAUAUGUCAUCUAACAAAGCCUUAUGGUUUCCUCUUGGGACAGUGGAAAUCCACCAAUGUAGAGAGGAUGUUUUAUGUCAAAGCACAUUUUAUUUUUGUGCAGUAUUUAUGGACAGCACAGUGAAUGUAAUAGUACUGUGGAGAAGUCAGCCAUGCCAAAGCAGCUGUGUAAAAAUGCAUCUUCGUCCAGCAAUAAUGUUGCUGACUUCGCAUCUGAAGUCAGGUCAGAGCCCAUAAAUGAUUAAAAUUCAAUGUUAACUUGCA